GAAGCGGCGCUCCCUUCCCCUUUCUCCCUCCCCGCGCUUCCGGCUGGGCUGGUGCCCCCACGAGCCCGCAGUCCCGGCCUGGCGGCAAUGGCGCGGCGCGUACGCGUGCUGGUGGACAUGGACGGCGUCCUGGCUGACUUCGAGACCGGCCUCCUGCGGGGCUUUCGCGACCGUUUCCCCAGGGAGCCGCACGUGCCGCUGGAGCAGCGCCGCGGCUUCCUGGCCCGCGAGCAGUACCGCGCCCUGCGGCCCGACCUGGCGGACAAAGUGGCCAGUGUGUACGAAGCCCCAGGCUUUUUCCUGGACCUGGAGCCCAUCCCGGGGGCCUUGGACGCCGUGCGGGAGAUGAACGACCUGCCGGACACGGAGGUCUUCAUCUGCACCAGCCCCCUGCUGAAGUACGACCACUGUGUGGGUGAGAAGUACCGCUGGGUGGAACAGCACCUGGGGCCCCAGUUCCUAGAGCGAAUUAUCCUGACAAGGGACAAGACGGUGGUCUUGGGGGACCUGCUCAUUGAUGACAAGGACACAAUUCGAGGCCAUGAGAAGACCCCAAGCUGGGAGCACAUCUUGUUCACCUGCUGCCACAAUCGGCACCUGGUCCUGCCCCCCACAAGGAGACGGCUGCUCUCCUGGAGUGACAACUGGAGGGAGAUCUUAGACAGCAAGCGAGCAGCUGUGCAGCGGGAAUGAGAGGGAUGCCGUGGGCAGCGGCUGGAGCUGAAGGAAGGGCAGGCCCGCAGGGGCCACCGCAGAGCCGAGUCAGGUUGGCAUCGUGCUGGGGCCUCUGGCCCCGUGGAAUGGUGCAGGCAGACACCGUAACCUCUGUGCUGCCAGGCCACAGGCCCAGCCCCGGUACCUCCCGAGAGGCUGCCCCUGGACCCUGACUGGCAUGCAAAUAGAGUGGGAAAACUAGUUGGGACCCUUUUAAUAAAAGACCUUGGCUUUCUAGUC